UUCAGAGUGAGGUAUGACCUGUUCUGCUGCCAUCCAAUCAGAGCAAACCACGACUGAUGGGUUCUGGAUUUUAAGAGAACGGCGUUGCGAGGAAGGAAUUAAUUGAGCGGCCCAGCGGGAAAGGGGUUAACUGAGUAUUUAGUGACUUGCAGGACUAGCAUCGACCCAUCACUGAAUGACCACUGAUGAAGGAAUCAAUCCAGCAGCGUGCGGCCUGAUUCCGGGAGACAGUAGCCUGAAUCCGUGACAGCGGCCCAGAGGCAGGCUUGAUCCCGGUGAGACAGUAGCUGUAUCGGUGGGGAAAGUAGCUUCUUCUGGAGAUCCGGCAGGUCAAAAUCAGCUCGGGCCGAGGUAGAGCCUCGCGCUCCGCCGCACGCCCGAGAAUUCGAAGGCUUCGGGAUGGUGGCGCCACGGGCCUGCCUGAGGAAAGUGAACUACUACAUUCCCUUCCUCUUGGUCAUCAUCGAUCUUCAGUGUGAAGGGAUAGAAGGUGGCAUAAAUGCUGAAGUUGAAAAGCACCUUGAAAUGGGGAAGAAGCUGCUGGCCGCAGGACAGUUAGCAGAUGCGUUGUCUCAUUUUCAUGCUGCUGUAGAUGGAGAUCCAGAUAGCUAUGUUGCUUAUUACAGGCGAGCCACAGUCUAUUUAGCUAUGGGUAAAUCAAAAUCUGCUCUCCCAGACCUGAGUAAAGUUAUUGAGCUGAAACCAGACUUCACAUCUGCUAGGUUACAGAGGGGAAACUUGCUGCUAAAACAAGGGAAGUUGGAUGAAGCAGAAGAUGACUUCAAGAAAGUGCUAAAAUCUAACCCCAGUGAGAAAGAAGAAAAUGAAGCAAAUGCCCAAUUAACGAAAGCAGAUGAAUUACAACGGAUUAUUACGCAGUCUCAAACUGCAUUUCAAAACCAGGAUUACACAAAAGCAAUUGAAUUCCUUGACAUACUUAUUGAGACGUGUAUUUGGGAUUCUGAGUUGCGAGAACUUCGGGCAGAAUGUUAUAUACAAAUUGAUGAAAGUGGAAAAGCAAUAAGUGACUUGAAAGCAGCAUCAAAACUUAAACACGACAACACUGAAGCAUUCUACAAAGUCAGUAUAAUCUAUUACCAGCUUGGAGAUCAUGAAAUGUCUCUUAGUGAAAUUCGGGAGUGUCUGAAAUUGGACCCAGAUCACAAGCUCUGUUUUGCCCAUUAUAAGCAAGUGAAAAAACUCAACAAGCAGUUGGCAGCUGCAGAAGAACUGAUAAAACAAGAAAAAUACUCUGAUGCUGUCAAUAAAUAUGAAACUGCUAUGAAAACCGAGCCAAAAGUUCUGCAGUAUACCUUGCAUGCAAAGGAAAGAAUUUGUCAUUGUUUAUCAAAGAACCAACAAGGAAAAGAAGCCAUCAAAACUUGCACAGAAGUAUUGCAGCAGGAUGCCAGCAAUAUAAAUGCAUUGAAAGACCGAGCAGAAGCUUAUAUUUUAGAGGAACGAUAUGAAGAAGCAAUCAAAGACUAUGAAGUUGCAAGAGACCACAGUGACCAUGAUCAAGAAAUAAGGGAAGGACUGGAAAGAGCACAGAAACUUCUAAAACAGUCACAGAAGAAAGACUACUACAAGAUAUUAGGAGUGAAAAGAAGUGCCAAAAAGCGUGAGAUUAUUAAAGCAUACAGAAAGCUGGCAAUGCAGUGGCAUCCUGAUAACUUCCAGGAAGAAACUGAAAAGAAACAAGCAGAAAAAAAAUUCAUUGACAUAGCAGCUGCUAAAGAAGUACUCACUGAUCCAGAAAUGAGGAAGAAAUUUGAUUCUGGAGAGGAUCCUCUUGAUCCAGAAAAUCAACAAGGUGGAGGUGGUCACAGUUUUCACAGAUCUUGGAACCAGUGGCAAGGAUUCAAUCCUUUUGGCUCAGGAGGACCUUUUAAUUUUAAAUUCCACUUUAACUAAGUCUUGAGUAUCACUACUCAUUUCUGUAAAGACUUUUAUAGAACAGAAUCUUGAAUGUGAUGCCAGAAACCCAGAUCUAAAAGUUUAAACAGUGUAACUUUGUUCAGCCAAAAAUGUUCAGAAUGUAGUAUUUUUCACUCUUGAAUGACACUUUUGAAAUAUUUUCAUUAAACCUAAAGAUGUGAUGUACACUUCUAAUAAAGCAGAUUGCCUUAAAUAUAA